AAUUGCUAUCAAUAUAAAUAUCUCCAAAUUGAAAGAUUCAGCGGAUUCUGGAGAAUAUCUCACGAAAAUUUCCAAUGAGUCUGAAAAUAAGGAGUAUUCAGAUAUUAUAAGGUUGCGUCAGUUGAGUUUGAAAUAUUUUGAAGUCACGCAGUUAGGUAGCUAUAUCUGCAAAGAACUGUCAUUCACAGUUUUAAUUACUCUCAUUAUAAAAAUUGUACAGAUUAUUAAUUGUGCAUAUAGUGCAGUUAUGGUAAUACUGAAAGAUGAAGGAAACGAAAUUGAAAGACCUAUUCUUUGGAUGUUCUUCAUCUUGUGUCAUUGCUUUAUGUUGCUGAAGAUGUGGAAUUCUGUUCAAGAAGAAGCAAACAAAUCAGUAAUUAUUUUACAUGACAUAUGGAACAAAUAUGCAGAAAAAAGAGGGAUUGAUAAGAGAUUGUUAUAUCUGCAGUUCAUAUCCAUGAGAUUCUUGACUUGUAAACUGAAAUUUACUGCAUAUGGUUUUUUCCCGUUGGAUUGGACUUUUUUGCACACGAUAAUAGCCUCAGCAACAACUUAUAUCAUUAUUCUGGUGCAACUGAAGAAAUGAAAUUUAUAUUAACUUCAGUUUAUGAGAAGUAAAAUUCAGCUCAUACAUUGAUAAUUUACUGAAUAAUAUGAAAAACUGUGUAUUUCUAUAUCUAAGUUAUGAAAUUGUCUAGUUUCUUUGGAAAAAUUCUGGAAUAUAUCAAUGGAUGUUGGAAAUAA